AUGUGUGUUAAGAUAAUUGAAAAAGUUAAUGACCAGAUCACGAUCACGCGCGGCUGUCUUAGUGACCUUCUCCUGACCACUCAAAUCCGACUGGACGUCCCUAGAGUGCGUCGCCACGGCUACUGCCUCUACUCCGUCUCAAAUCAGCGUUACCUUCAGCAACAUCUCCGAGGUCCCGAACUCGCUCUCUGGGCCAUGGGGGUACUGCGUCCCGAGACGGAGAUGUACAAACUCUACUGCUUCUGUGAUGACUGGCCCGGCUGCAACCCCACUUCCACACCCUAUCUUUCUCUUCUCUUACUCAUUAUCACUGCAGUUCUACCAUUAGGCCCUUUUCCUUCUCUCUAG